AUGACUGAUGAGAGCAGUCCUCACCCCCUGGCUGGAAGUUGUUUUGAGGACCUUGCAGAGGAACAAGCCUUUGACCCGUAUGAGACCUUGUCCCAGGACAUCCUUUCACCGCAAUAUCAUGAACAUUUUAAUCACUUGAUGGCUAAACCUGCUGUGGCUCUUCACUUCCAGCAAUUGCAAUACUGUAGUAAAGAUGUAGAAGACUGCGAAUGCUUGAAACAAGCCAUCACAGCUCUCCUUAAUCUCCAAAU